UCGUAGUGAGGACAUGUCGACUGCUAUCGCGGUGGUUUAGAAUCGUGGAGGAAAUGCCGCGUCCUGUUUGAGAGGACAGUGAGGGCAGAGAAACUGAUUAGGGUCUGUGUUAGCUGAGUUAAGUCCUAACUUCAACUGAUACUUCAUUUGAACCUGCAAACAGCCAUCUUGAAUUUGACUGCCAUUCUAGAAAUUUCAAUGAGUUGUUCCACCAUUCUUGUUUUUAUUUGUGAAAUACAGUUCUAAAUUGCCCUGUGGAUUCUGUGCCUCACUUUGAAAACUUUUUUCCCGGGACUGCAGUUGCGCACUGGGGACUUAAGCCAAGUCAAAAUUAUAAACCUGCUGUUGUGGCUGCAUGGUACAAAAGCUGUACCAUUGCUCAGCUGAAAAGAUACAGGUCUUGACUGUAAUUGAUAUAAGUUGAAGAGAUAUUGGAACUGACAGUAAUUGAUCUCAUCCUGAUGGAGCCCCAGUCUCCAGGGAACAUUGCCUUCAGUAGCCAGCUCUGCCAGAAUCAAUGUCUGCAAUAGGAAGGAACAGAUGCUGACUGAGACUUAUGCAAGGCAACAUUUCCAAGAUGGCAGAUACCUCAGAUUCAGAGAGUACGAACUUGGUGUCGUCCAGUGGUAAGCAGGAGAGGUUACCUGACUGGGGGCGCUUUGGACUGAGCAAAGAACAGCAGCUGGAGAGCCAGCACCCUCCACACCAGGAUGAAGUGUAUCAGCAUGAUGGGAAGAAUAAGAAUGAACUGUUUGCUGAGGACCAGAGUGCCUCCAGUAAACCAUGGUGGAAGCUGAAUUUCUUCAUCUCAGAACCUGUUCUCUUUGGUCCAUGGGAUGGCGUGUUCACGUCCUGUAUGAUUAACAUAUUUGGCAUAAUUAUCUUCUUACGUACAGGAUGGAUGGUGGGCAAUGCAGGCAUUGGUCUGUCCAUCCUGAUCAUCUGUCUGACCAUAGGUGUGGCACUGGUCAGUGUGUUGAGUGCAAUAGGAGUGUGUGAGAGAUGUCAGAUGGAGAGCGGAGGGAUAUUCUUCCUACUGUCUCAUGUUCUCGGGGCCAAGAUAGGAGCAUCUAUUGGAGUGAUCUAUUGCUUUGGUCAGGCUGUCUCCUGUUCCCUGUACACCAUGGGCUUUGGGGAGUCCAUUGCAGCAUUUAUAGAUCCUGACUUUGAUCCCUGGAUAGCAAGGGGCAUAGCAGCUGCUGUGCUCUUAUUAUUACUAGGUAUUAACAUAGCAGGAGUAAAGUGGGUGAUACGGCUGCAGUUGCUGCUGUUAUUUAUACUGGCUGUGGCAGUCAUGGACUUUGCUGUAGGCUCCUUUGUCCAUACAGAUAUAGAGUAUGGUGUAACAGGUUACCUUACAAUAAACCUGGUCAACAACACAGCACCUGCCUACCUGGCAGGGGAGUCAUUUUUCUCAGUGUUUGGAGUGUUCUUUCCCACCGCAACAGGUGCUUUUGCCGGGAUCAACAUGAGUGGAGACCUGAGGAACCCUUCCAAGGACAUCCCUGUAGGAACCCUGGCUGCUGUAGGGGUCAGCACCUUUCUGUACUUAAUGUUCACUAUGAUCCUGGGCUCCACCUGUGCCAGGGACUAUCUCAGAGAGGAUUAUAUGAUUGCAGAGAAGGUGGCAGCCCUAGGCUUCUUGUUCCUUGCAGGCCUGUACAUCUCAUCUAUUUCCUCCUGUAUGGGCAGUUUAUAUGGAUCUCCAAGAAUUCUGCAGUCCAUAGCAAAACAAAAUGUCAUUCCAGUUAUCAAGUUCCUUGGACAAGGGAGAGGCCCUAACAAGGUUCCAGUCUUUGCUCUCCUUGCCAUCACAGUGAUCUCCUUGGUCUUCAUCUGCAUCGGGAACGUCAACAUCCUGGCACCUAUCGUCACCAUGCCCUUCAUGCUGACGUACGCCUCCGUGGAUUUCGCCUAUUUCUCUCUAGCCAUGAGCUUUCAAAAGCGAAAGAGGAAGGAAGAGCGCUACAGCAGUGGUUUGCUGAAACCUGCGAUUUCCUCAGUAGGGGGAGGGGUGGGAGGAAGAAAGAGUGACCAGGAGAAUAAUAACGCCAAUCACAAUUACGGUUCCACUGACAAGGUCUCCAAUGAUCUACCUCCAAAGAACAUACCAGAUAACACGGCAGAUCUGGAUAAUUUGUUUCCAGAAAGGUUGUUGUUUGAUCAGAAACACACUGCGGUGCAGCAGAAAAGGUCACCAAAGAAGCAGCAGCAAGGGAGCCCUGUGUCUAAGGCUCAGAAACAGGCUGAGAAUUCUGGGAAGGAACAUGUUGAUGGGGAGCAUGUUGAGAGAGGGGCGGAAGCCGACGCUACAACAGAGUUGCUUGAUAAACAGUCUGGUAACCCUAAGCCAGUAAACACAGAAAUCCACCGUAUGCCCAGAUCCUACUAUUCCAUUUUUGUGAACAGGUGGCUAUCACUCAUAGGAUCCAUAGCCUGUCUAGUCAUAAUGUUUGGCAUUCAAUGGAUCUAUGCCUUGGUCACAGUUAGUGUUGUUCUAGUUAUUUAUAUAUACAUCAGUAAAGUCAACCCAGGAGUUUUUCCUGGUAUAGCAGAGUUUAGUCUCCUAGAGUGGAUAAGGGAUGGUGUAUCUCAUUGCUGUAGACGUGGACCACAACCUGCAGAGGAAAUUGUCGUUACACCGUCAACACCAGCAGUGAGAACCUUUGCCGCCCAGUUGACAGAAGACAAUGAUGAUUUUGCCAAUAGAGGGCGGUAUCAUCAAUCAGAAAUUGUGCAGGGCGAGAACUUCGAUGAAUUUCAGGACAGUGAUUGAGAACAGUGGUGUUUAGUUUUGUUAAUUUUGUUAGUUGUGAUUUCUUAUAGAUUGAUACAUGUAUGUACGGUAAUGACUCAAUAUUUUCAAUAGGGGGGAAAAAGGGAAUUUUUCUGUAAUUUUUCAAUCCAGAAAUUCUGAAAAAUGGAACAUUUCUACUGAGUGAUUGAAACAAAACGCUAAAGCUGGCUAUCCUAUAGUACUGUUCUGAAGAGAAAAAGCACAACAAAUGGCACACAGAAACAUAUUUUUUAUGAUUCCAAAAUUAUAUAUUCAAAGAUUGAUAAUUAUUCCCCAUUAAAAAAAAAUAGAGUCAUUACCCAACUCUCCCUGGCAGUCAUUGUUGUGGUCAGUUCUCCCGUGUGGCUAUCUCACAUCCUCUUGCCAUCCUCUUAAUAAGUUGCCAUUCAAAUUAAUAACCUUCACCUCUUUAUCCUGAAGGUCAAGGACAAGUACUAAUUGCUCCCUUACUUUGAAUAGAAAACUUACUUAUAUUUAUUAUAUUAUUAAAAGAAGUGUUUGGUGUUUAUAGUCAAGAAAAGUUUUGAAAAGCAAGUUUGUAGGGCACAUCUUAGGAAGUGUGUUUGUAACUUAGAGUGGUGAAUUCUCAAACACUAACAAGGGGGGGGGGCGUACUGAAAGAAGUGAGAGGUUUGAAAAAGAAAAGUUGAUUUAAUAUAUUUAUCUAUGUUUUGCCAAAAAUAUUAGCGCACAUUUCAGUCAUAUUUGUUGGCAAUUGAUUUGUCGCUUGCCAAAUUUGUUGAUAUUUUUCUAGUCAUAUUUAUGUUUUGUAAGUUAUUGUUUUGUAGUGAAACCUAAAAGCUUUUUAGUCCCCAAGAAAAUGCAAUUGCAUUUGAUGUACCAGUGUUCUCAAAGACAUCUUAAUUAAUACUGCCAUACAAUAUUUUCCUUUUUUUAUUUGCUGAGACACAUGUUGACGCUUAGGUCAUUUAGGACAUAGUACAUAUUCGCUUAGGACAUAGUACUACCAUAGAAUAUUUUGUUGAAAGGUUUUAUGAUUUUCUAAUUGUCUUUUUUAUUUCAUCAAAUAUUGCUCUAUAAUGCACUACAGCUUGAAUAUUUCAAAUAAAGCUGCUAUACCUGAAUUGGUCUCCUCUGGCCAACCACCUACCGGUAGCUUUAACUCACGUCUGUAACCCAUUACUAUUAUCAUUAUUAUUAUUUUUAUUUAUGAAAGUGGGUUUUGUUCUUGUUAAAUAUGGUAAUUUAACGUUUGCCAAGUAAAAAAUCAGCAUUCAGUUCCCAACUUUAAAGUACUGUCGCAUGGACAAUGCAUCGGGACCUCGUUAAUUCAAAAGAGUGAAAGUAUAAUUCUGAGACGUGUUAAUU